AUGCGGCCUGUUGGGAAGCUGCAGGGCUGCGGCUGUAGCUGGGGGUCUUACCCCUGGAUGAGUGCCCUGGUCCUGGCUGUGGGCUGGSUGGUGGUGGGGUCCGCCUGGGGCUCCUCUUUUGCUGACCUCCAGGUCCUGUCGGCCACCCCUGAGGAAGGAGCACCACUGCCCCCCGCCUCCCUCUCACAACCCCAACCUGGGCCUGACCSCCACCACCACACCCAGGGGACCAGGCACCACCCUACUAAUGCUGCCCCUGCCUCCAUCUACCACUUCCCUGGCCAUGCUUCGCUACGGGGUGGACACGGGUUCUCCAUGGCGGAGUCAGUGUUCUCUAUGGGGUCUGUGUUCUCUAUGUGGAGUCCUGUGUUCUCUAUGGUGUUCUAUGGGACGGAAGGCAAGGUGGGCGUGACGUUCAACAUCGGCACGGUGGACAUCAGUGUGAAGGAGUUAAACACUGCGAUCAAUGACGGGAAAUAUCACCUGGUUCGAUUCACAAGGAAUGGGGGAAACGCCACCCUGCAGGUGGAUAACUGGCCAAUCAACGAACACUUCCCCGCAGGACCAAGCGAUGUUGAGCGCUAUCAAAUGGGUAAUAAGAAAAUCCCAUUCAAUUAUAAGAGGCCGGUAGAAGAUUGGCUGCAGGAGAAAGGCCGGCAGCUCACCAUCUUCAACACCCAGGCGGCCAUCUCUAUAGGCGGUAAUGACUGUAAACGUCCCUACCAGGGACAGCUGUCUGGCCUCUACUACAACGGACUAAAGGUCCUCAACAUGGCCGCCGAAGGUCACGCCAACAUCAAGGUGAACGGGAGCGUCCGAUUGGUGGGUGACAUGCCCACCAGUAGGGGCGCUGCCCGCACCACCACCUCUGUGCCACCUGAGAUGUCCACCACCUUCAUAGAGACCACUACGACUCUGUCUACGACCACCACGAGGAAACAGCGCUCCCCACCCACCAUUCAG